AUGGACGAGAUUAGCCAGCGUCGACCGCUGUUUGGGGAGAAUAUUGGCUGGGAUUUGGAUCAAUGGACCUCUAGCGAUGAUAGAGUGCGAGGCGGUAACUCAAAGUCCUCUUUAGAUCCAAGUCCCACAGGGGUAGCUUUCCAUGGUCAUCUCGACAUCGACACCCUAGGCGGGGCUGGAUUUGCGUCGCAGCGCACUCUCGGUGACGAUCGGCACUGGGACUUGUCCCCCCUCGACGGUAUCGAGGUCUCGAUCGAUCCUUCGCAGUCUGACCACAAUGUCUACACGCUGAUUCUCAAAGACCACAUUCUUCCCCCAAAUCCCGACAAUGGCCGCGAACAGUCUACCGUCUCCUGGGAAUUCGAUUUCUCAACGUCGAAUUGCCAUGGCACAAAUCGUCUUGGGUCCGCCUCCACUACUGCCUCCAUCUUCAUGCCGUGGCAACAUUUCAAACCCACCUACCGUGGCAAACCGUGCGAUGACACGAAGGGUCUAGAUUUGAGGGGCAUCAAGAGGAUCAGUAUCAUGAUCAGAAGGUUCGCUGGUUGGUCGAUGAAGGUCCUGGUCAGUGCUGACGGACAGAAUAGCUUCUUUGGCUCUCAACAGGGCGACUUUCGACUACAUUUGGUCUCCAUCACAGCCUUCUGCUCACCGAACGCAACGGAGUUGUCCACGCCCUUCACUCAUCCACAAGAUAAACCCGCCCUACCGGCUACGAACGAUGCUACCAUGGGUAGUCGUGACUCGAGAGAUGGCUUUGCCACCUGGUUCGUAUCAACAUGGAAUUGGCUUUGCGGCAAUUUGUACGGAAGGCGAUGA